CCAAGAAAGAGAAACAAAAACGCCCCGAUAACUUCUCUCCUAAGGUCUGCAGGAUCCUAAGACCAAGUCGUCACGGAUGCCCAGUCCUGGGCAGGUGACUGGGACAUUCUGGUUCCAAUUCAAUCAUCCCAGCCCUGCAACUGAGUCUGCAGAAACUGAAGCUGUGGGUCAGAAGGUGGCUUUUGUCAACGAGGGCGUAUCAGGACCCAAAAGAAGGAACCCAGCUGCUCAGUGCCUCCGGCAAACACCUUCCUCUGAAGAAGCCCUGCGUGAGUGGAAGGCAGAGGGAGCCAAGAGGGACACGAUGCUGCCUGUGACCCAUGUGGUAGCCUUCGGUGUUUGGCUGGUGGCACAGAGCAAGGCUACACCAAGUGAGUAUCAUGAUGAGCAUCUCUCUCCCUGUGCAGGUGCCCCCACAAUCUCCAUCUUCCUGAAGCCGCCUGGGGUGAUCCCACCGGGAGGCUCCACCACCAUCUGCUGCAGUUACCAGCGUGACAAUGGGAACUUCGUGCUGUACAAGAAUGGCCACCAGCUCCGUACCCUGGAGCUGCGUGGCAGCAGGGCCGAGUUCUCCAUCUCUAAUGCCACCUCAGACAACAGAGGUGCCUACAACUGCCAUUAUCUGGUUGGAGACACUGUGCUGGCUCGUAGUGAAACCCUGGAUGUCCAGGUGGAAGAGUUCCAUCUCCCCAGACCUGUUCUCUCUGUCCUGCCUGGGCAUGAGGUGGCUGUGGGAACUUCCGUGAUUUUCCGUUGCACCAUCGCACACUCCAGUGCUGGCUGUUUCCUCUACCUGGAGGGCCAGCUCAAGGUUCUCGACUUACUCUCAAAGGAACAAGAUUAUUUCAACCUCGCCCGUGUGCAUAAAGGCAAUGGGGGCCGCUACAGCUGCCAGUGCUUCAGUAAGAGUACUUCGUUGGAAUGGUCUGCUGUCAGCAAGACCCUGGAUUUGGUAGUGAGAGAUUACACCUGGAGCAAUGUGGUGCGCCUGGCCCUUGGGGCUGUGGUCCUGGUCCUGCUGGGGCUGAUAGUGGCUGAGGCCAUGUGCAGCCACCAGUGCAGGCCAGGGUGGCUGGGACCCCGCUAGGACGGGGCACAGCUCCCCUCUGCCUCCGCGGAGAGACGACCCUGCUCCAGCUUCUGGAGCUGGAUGGCCGGCAUGCUCCCCGCAUGCAGUGCUCCCCGUGACUGGGACCAGUAACAGAACACUGGGAUUCCCUUCCAGCACCUCACGGUUGGAUAAAUAAACCAUCCCUCCCCAUC